CAAAACUGUCCAUCGUCAGACUAGCAGCUCCAGGAUUCUGACCAGUACAGCAUUGAGCCUGUGCCUCUAAACAUCCUUUGUGGGACAAACCUGGGAUGAACCUGACUUUGAAUCAAACUUUUCAUUAUUUUGAAUCCAAUCAUCACUUGAAACUAUUAAAAUGAAUACAUAAUUUCAAAAAGAAACUUUUCACCCAAGCUGGGAAGAGAGACACUUCUCUAUACAAAGAGUUGUGGGAGUAUGGUAGAAUGCUGUCCAGUUGUGUUGUCAUAUUGCCUUUUUUUAUUUCAACAAACAGCCAGAAAGAGAUCCACCUACCUUGUGACUACCUAAUGCGUUACACUGGCUGAGUAGCCUCCUCUCAUUUGUAACGUUUCUCAUAUCCCUCAAUGGCUGAAUGGUGCAAUUGACUUAAAUAGCCUGGUUUCCGCCUGCUUCCAUUGCUUUAACCACUGAGGAGUUUCUCUUCCUGGAGAGCUGUGCUGCGUUCCUCCCUUCGCCACAGCUGGUGUCACGAGUGGGCUGAUGCUGCUAUAAUCUUGUCACGGUCUCCUGGCAGGUCCCCCUGGGAGUCCCUCCCAGCUGCACAUGUCCGCGCCCCUGUGCUCAGCACUUUGCGACCUCACGGUCAGAGGGAUGCCAGUCUAUCGCAGGGCCGCAGCUGAAGAGUCCAUCAGGGCGUUAACCUGGGCGUCCUCCGCCAUAAGGGUGAACCACGAACCAGGGGGCAUAAGUGGAGACUACAGGGAAAGCCUUUCGAAGCUUAACACAAAGGGGUGUGGGAGUGUGGAACAAGUUAACCUGCCACAUUGUUAAAGCUGAUACCCUUGUUUCUCUCACAAAUCAACUCCUGGGAUUACGUACCUAUUAACUAUCAAACAGACUACAUGGAAGCUCCAAAUGUCCUCAUCUCAUUUCUAAUGGUUUUAUGUGUUUUAUAUUGGAAGAACAUACAAACUCCACCAAAUGCCCCAAACCACCAUUAAACCCAGGAUUCUGGAGCAGUGAAUAAAACUUCAUCUAAAACGAGACUUUAAUUAAAUCAUUUUUUGCAUCAUUUUAUUGAUCAGCCCAGUACAAGCUUCACUUGACUGUCUCUGGGGAGGAAGCGGCCAGGCGCAGAAGGCGGCACGUUUCUGUCUGUAGUAUCUUUAUUUCAGGCGCGCACAUAAACACGGGGCUUAAGGUCAGGCAUAGUGAGGUGAGGCUGUUACUGCAAGAUGUGUCAUAGAAAUGCAUUGCGUUUCUAUUAUCUAUUAUUUCCGAGGGCACAGCAGGUGUCCAGAUACAGAGUACAGGAAGGCCUUGCAUCUGUCUCAAGAAGUCAUUUUAGUUUGCGUGAAAACAGAUUUGACAUUCCUAAAAGAAAUGAAAUCUCCACUUUUUACAGAAUGCCAUCCCCUGCUUAAUCCCACAAUUUUAACGUAAAUGCAGUCUUACAGAGCACGAGCCGUAUAUAAAAGUGGUUUUAUAGGGAUUGAAGCGUGCUGACAUUAUAUGGAUGUUUUAGAUGAUGGCACAUCAGCAGAUGGCAUCUUAUCUAACCCAGGACAGAAGGAAAAAUUAAAGUCUCCUGCAAGGAUAAUAUUAUUACAAUCCAUAGUAGUGAGUUGUCCAAACACAUCAAUAAAGAAUUGUUCAUCUUGCAUACUGUACAUCCUAUCACCACUUCUUCCCCAUAUAGUAAUCCCUUAACUAUUCCAACACUACCUUCUUUAUCCACAUAAGUUGAGUUGACUGUAAAUGGGAGAUUCUUAUGAAUGAGAAUAACCACACCUCGUUUUUUGGUGGAGAAUGAUGAGUAAUAAACUUGCCCUACCCAUUCCCUUUUAGGUUUUUUAUUGUUCCAGAUCAUUCAAGUGCGUUUCCUGUAAAAAUGCUAUGUGAAUCUUAUCUCGUUUCAGGACGUUCAGAAUCUUUUUCCUUGUAACUACGCUAUUCACCCCUUUUACAUUCUAAGUGCGUAUCUUAACACUAUUCGUGGUGUUUUUUUAGUUGUAAUACGGUAACGCGGUGGCUGAAUCGCAGUAUAAUGCAACAUAACAGUAAAUAGCAAAUAGAGCAGCUGCACUUAACUGUUCCAUACAUUUCGAAGAAAAAAAAACGUCUUGGGGAAAAAUCAGUUUGUGACCACACACAGUACAUGAGGUACAGUAACAGCACUUGUCAGGUAUUUAAGAAAGAAAAAAAGGAACUUUGUUAACAUCGAGUAACGGUGAUAAAGACAAAAAAAAACAGUCUUAGAACAAGAUUGCUAGACUCAGUCUGCAAACUAAACUAAGAAAAGGUCCAACAAAAUUGUUUAGCUUCUCUGCGUAGUUAACAGAGCAGUGUAACUAAAGGUUGCCGCUGGUCACGAAGCUGCGGCAGUCAGCAAUGAGGUACGCUCAGAUAUAGGGGGCUCAACUAUUACACUAAAAACAAAAACUGUCUACUCCUCGCCAACAUAAUUCGUUACAGUCUUAAAUUUCUAUACAAAACAGUAUCAUCCUUGUUUCAACAUGAACAUUAAUAUAUAAAAAAAAACAGAAUCUUAAAAAUAGAGAACAUUUAAAACGUCAGAGAAGGUUCCACCUGCAGGCAUAACCGCUCAGUUCUCUGCUCGGUCAGAUCUACAAACUAAAGCCACUAUAGCCUGCUCGUUCAUCAGCGGACCUCUCACGUCCUAUUCAGACGUGGGGGAUUGCUGCUGAAUAUGUUUAAGGAAGUUCUCUGCUUCUUCUAAGCGUUAAUGAUCGCGGGAUACGGGAACGACUACCUCAGUCCAGCAUCACGCAGCCUCCUUCUCGCGUCGGCGGCUUCCGCCAUCUUUUCCUGCACCUCGACCGAGAAGUCUCGGAGGAUGGAGACUCUUUUCCCCUCCGCCAUGACUUCUUUCUUGGCCCUGGCCGCUUCCAUUACCUUCAUUACCUGUCCCGGUAGUUGUGCAGCCUCACCAGCACGACGGCCCUGGGUACAGGUGUUCCGCCCCCCGACUUGAUUUCGUCCCCCUUCAUUUUCAUGCCAAGGGUUUCAGGGAUUAUAUGGAUGUUUUUUAAAAAAAAAAUUAAAAAGCAGAUGAGACUGCGGAAAACUCCGAAAUGUAGUUUUAAAUCAAAGUUUCCGUGUUUUGAUAACUUGAACUUUGCAGCAGUGUCAAAUCGCUGUUUUGUAAUUAACCCUACAAACCCCUUGACAGCAAACACUCCACAGACACAAUGUUCAGGUACACAGAUUUCGAAGUUCGGUCGUAAAGUUGGGCGGUGCAGUUAGGAGAGUAAUAAAAAAGCAAAGUACUGUACUGUGCACUUCUCCCGUCUCUGCAGGGAAGCUCUCCAGCGCCCUCUUGAGGAAAAGUUUCCAAAUUCAAAGUGGAUAAAAUACGUACAAUUCCAAUACAGAACGGAAUUUUAGAAAUUAACUUUCAGCAUUGUAUCGCAUGUAUGCAUUUUAAAAAUAAACGUAUUUAUAAAUGUCACUGACGUUGUUUAAACAUAUCGUCUAAAAAAGCUCUCAAUAGCUUAAAAAAAUACCCCAAGGACAUACAGAUCGGUAGUAAAAACGUGGUCGUGAUCAAUUCUCCCGUACUUGAAAAUCCUUCAGAAAAAUACACAUAGCUGGCAAAAGCAGGACAAAAACGUACCGCGAUGCACCCGCUACGUUUGAAAAAGCUUUAGAUCCCUCGCUGGUCUAGAAAGCGGUGGCUCUUUUACACAGCUAUUCAGUGGCGGAACAACAGCGGGCUCGGUGCGGGAACAGGUUGAGCGAUAGCGGCUCUGUCACGUGUCGACGUGUACUCUGGCUCGAGCGUGUGCAGGGGGUCGCGUUCUGCAGUCUGUCGCCGCUGUGCAGAAACUACAGGCUUGAAAGGCAACAUAACCGCCGUUUGACCUCGACAGGAGCAAGCAGCUGCUGCCGCUUUCUGCAAUCGUACCUGACGUCUGCAGGCUUGGCGAUGGCUCUCUGCUAGUGGACGUGGCGCACGGAGUAUUAUCAUAUAGGAAGCCGCGAGUGAAAGCUUGCCAUCGUAAUGGCUUGCUACUUCCAGGGUGUAGAUUCCCAUAUCGUCAUUGUUGGAUGCGGUAUCUCGGGGAUAGGAGCUGCCCAGAAGCUGAUCAAGCAUGGUUUUAAAAACGUCCGCAUACUCGAAGCCACUCAGAGGAGCGGCGGGAGGAUAAAAACGACGAGGUUAGGAAAUAAAAUCGUGGAGAUUGGCGCUAACUGGAUCCACGGCCCAUCCAAGGAGAAUCCCGUGUUCCGCCUGGCCUGCCGGUACAGGCUGCUGGACGAAGAGGCUCUGAGCGAGCAGAACCAGGCACUAGAUGUGGGGGGUCACCCGCCGUUCAAACCCAACUGGUUCUGCAGCUCGGGCGGGAAACUGGGGCCCGACGUGACGGAGCCGGUCGCCGCGCUCUUCGCGAGCCUCCUUCAGCAGAGCCAGCAGUUCCACGCAGAGCAGAGGGAGCCCGUGCCCAGCGUGGGCGAGUUCCUGAAGGGGGAGCUGGCGCGCCACGCGGCCCAGUGGGGGGACGGCCCGGCCGCCAGGCGCCUCAAGCUGGCCGUGGCGAGCGUGCUGCUGAAGCUGGAGUGCUCCAUCAGCGGGGCCCACAGCAUGGACUGCGUGGGCCUGGGCGCCUACGGGCUGUACGAGACCCUGCCAGGUCUGGACUGCACUUUCCCCAGAGGUUACGAAGGCUUAAUAGAUGCCAUGAUGAAAGAACUACCACGUGGAAUUGUGUCGUACAGCAGACCGGUCAGAUGUAUCCACUGGGAUGGCGCUUUUAGAAGGGCGGGGAAGACGUUCCCUGUUCUAAUCGAAUGUGAAAACGGAGAAACCUUCCCAGCAAACCACGUUAUCGUCACUGUUCCAUUAGGCUACCUCAAAAAACACCAAGACACGCUCCUGAGUCCAGCGCUGCCCCUCGGUAAGGCACACGCCAUUCAGAGAAUGGGCUUCGGGACCAACAACAAGAUCUUCCUGGAGUUUGACGAGCCCUUUUGGGACCCAGACUGCGAGGUCAUCUACUUUGUGUGGGACGACGAGUCCCCUGUCACUGACGUGGUGCCAGAUGUGCAGAAGUACUGGAUGAAGAAACUGUUCGGCUUCACUGUUCUCCGACCCACUGAAAAGUAUGGGCAUCUGUUGUGCGGCUGGAUUGCUGGGGAAGAAUCGGAGUACAUGGAGACGCUCUCUGAGGAAGAAGUGAAGCAGUCUAUUACACAGGUCAUUCGCAGGUUUACAGGAAACCCAGUGAUCACCCCAAAGAGGAUUUUGCGAUCCCAGUGGCACCUGGACCCCUACACGUGUGGGUCAUACUCCUAUGUGGCGGUGGGGUGCUCAGCUUCUGACAUUGACAGCAUCGCCGAGCCACUUCCUUUGAAGCAGUCGCAGUCAGAGCCACUGCAGGUGCUUUUUGCUGGCGAAGCCACAAGCAAGUCGUUCUUCUCCACAACCCACGGGGCCCUGCUGGCAGGGUGGAGAGAGGCAGACAGGCUCAUCGCUCACCACACCACCUCGCCUCCAUCUGCGCCACUCAACUCCAGGCUGUGAAGAACUAAGAGUCUCUGAGAACGUCUUUCACUCCCGCUGAGAAUGCACGAUAGACUGGAAAGAGUGGGGACAUCUAGUGCCUUAUAUUCUGAGAUUUUAAGUGCACAUUUUGAAAAACAAUUGCAUAUGCACAGUUCCAAAAGGAUGAUAAAAAUGUUAAAAUGUAUUCAGUUAAUUAAAAGUAUUUUAGAUACUUGACUUGGUAGUGCUUUGUGUUGAAAAUUUUUAAAAUGAAUGGUGUUCUCCUAAUAUCACCACAUGAAAUCCUCAGCAUCACACAAAACGGUAAGAAAAUAUGAACUUCAUCUGAUCAUGAUAUGUAUAUAUACUAUAAACGUGCUUCUUUCUUCUGGUGCACUGAUUGCAUAUGGUCAUCAAUCAAAAAAGGAAUACAUUUUAAACUGAUUCUGUUUGUCAACCCAUCUGUAUUUAAACUCAAAAUAAAAAAGCACUUCCUCAUUG